AUGGAGAUCAAAAGCGUUUUGAUUGCCGACGAGAUCGAACAGGAAUGCGUUGACAUUUUGACUCAAAAUGGUUUCCAAAUCACCUACAAAAUUAAACAAACGAAAGAGGAAUUGCUUGAGACGGUGCCAAGACACGAUGCUGUUUUGGUUCGCUCAGCUACCAAGAUUACAAAAGAAAUCAUCGAGGCUGCGGCGGGGAAACUGAAAGUGAUUGGACGAGCCGGCACUGGCGUCGACAAUAUCGAUGUCGAGGCGGCCAGUCAACAUGGAGUUCUCGUCAUGAACACACCCCAAGCAAACUCUCGAUCAGCAGCCGAAUUGACAUGUAUUCUGAUUUUGUCGCUCUCUCGACACAUCGCUCAAGCCGAUGCCACGAUGAAAGCGGGGAAAUGGUUGCGAAAAGAGUUCAUGGGAGAAGAGGUUUUCGGGCGAACAGUCGCGAUUCUGGGAUGCGGCCGGAUCGGAUCGGAAGUGGCGCAGAGAUUGAAAGCUUUUGGAAUGCGAUGCAUUGGAUAUGAUCCCGUUUUGAAUAAAGAGCAAGCAGCCGAGCGUGGAAUCGAGUUGUUGAGUCUCGACGAGAUUUGGCCACUAGCUGACUACAUCACCGUUCACGUGCCACUCAUCCCGUCGACAAAGGAUUUGAUUAAUCGACAAGCACUCACCAAAUGCAAAGAUGGUGUUCGGAUCAUCAACGUGGCUCGUGGAGGGAUCGUCAAUGAGAUCGAUCUGGUCGAUGCGCUCAACAGUGGAAAGGCUAAAGGAGCCGCGUUUGAUGUCUUUGAACAAGAGCCACCCAUCUAUCGCGAGUUGAUCAAUCACCCAAAAGCCAUUUGCACUCCGCAUCUUGGUGCCUCAACGCUAGACGCUCAACUUCGAGUGGCCACCGAGGUGGCUGAGAAUCUCGUCGCGAUCAAUCAAGGGAAAAUUCUGGGAGCUAUUAACGCAAAGGAAAUCGGAGUU